GAGUAAAGCUGGUGGAUUACAAUGCAGAGUGUACCAAACAGACUUAACUCUGUCUUCUAGCAUGGGGACUCUUUGGCACUUACAAUGCACUUUAAUUUUGCUGUGUAUUUCAGUGCUGGAUACCACAGGGAUCAAGCAAAGACCAACUGGUGACUUGGGAACAUGGGAACCUGAAACAGCUUACCUUGCCAGAUGUGAUUUUAACAACAAUUCAAGACCAUUUUGCGACUGGACCCAACCUUGCGAUGUGAACCAGGGAAUGUGGAUACGAACCAAGCAUGACACUCCAACUGAUGGAACAGGUCCCAGUGGAGACUAUCCUGAUGGAAAAGGAUAUUUCAUCUAUCAAGAAGCAAGUAAUCUGAUCCCAUUUGACACUAACAGACUUGAGAGCCCAGAUAUUGUGGUUUCUGAAAAAAUAUGCAUAGACUUCUGGUACUAUAUGUUUGGGUCAGAAGACAUGAAUGAGCUGAGAGUGCUUAUCCAAGAUAUAGCAGGGGAAUUUCUGGUUUGGAGUCGGAAGGGAAAUCAGAGUUCCUCAUGGAUGUAUGGUGCCAUUACUCAUACUUUUUCAACACAGAGAAGGAUAAAGGUCAUUUUUGAGGCUGUCCGAGGACUGACAGAGUAUGGGGACACAGCGCUGGACAAUGUGCGAGUAAGGGAUGGGUCCUGUGAUGCAGUUUCCACUCCUGUGCCAUCAAUACCUACACCGACAAAACCUAUCCAACCUCCAGCGACAGCAAUUUGCAGUAUAUAUGGGGACCCUCACUAUUACACAUUCGACAACCAGCGUCAUGACUUCAUGGGCACCUGCACUUACACCCUCUCCAAGCUGUGUGAGAGUAACAGCUCACUGCCCUACUUCAAUGUGGAAGCGGCCAAUGAGCACAGGGGAAGCAAUACUCGUGUGUCCUACGUUCAAUAUGCGGACAUCGAUGUGUAUGACUACAGGAUCAAUCUGGGUAAAAACAAAGUUGUUAAGGUUGAUGGAGUCAGCCAGGUGCUUCCUGUGACCUUGGCACAUGGUGUCAGUAUUUCCUUCAGUGGGCAGUAUGUUGUGGUUACUACUGAUUUUGGGCUGAAGGUCAAGUUUGAUGGAGAUCACAGAGCAGAAAUCACUGUUCCCAGUCCUUACAUGUCUAAAGUCUGUGGAAUAUGUGGGAAUUAUAAUGGACACAAAGCAGAUGACUUCCUUAACCCAGAUGGAGGGAUGGAAACAAACUCAGCCAGCCUUGGAAACAGUUGGCAGGUUUAUAAUGAUUCCAGGUGCUUCCCAGAUGAUGGUCAUACCCCAAAUUGCACUGCUGAUGAAAAACAAAUGAUCCAAAGUAAUGAAUACUGUGGCCUGAUCACUGGUCCCAGAGGUCCAUUCCAGAACUGCCAUGCAGUAGUUGAUCCACACAGUUAUUCUGAAGCCUGCCAGUAUGAUCUGUGUGAACUUCAUCUGAACAAUGCAGCCCUCUGUCAGAGCCUGCAGGCCUAUGCAGAUGUGUGCCAAGCUGCAGGAGUCCUUCUGAAGCCAUGGAGAAAUGCAACCUUCUGCCCACCAGCCUGCUCAGCCAACAGCCACUUUGAGCCAUGCGCUGCAGCCUGCCCUGCUACCUGUGUUGACCCAACAGCACCCUACACCUGUGGCCAGCCGUGCGUGGAGGGAUGUGUGUGCGACAGCGGGUACCUGCUCUACAAUGACCGAUGCGUGCCCAGCCAGCAGUGCGGGUGCUGGCACAACGGGCAGCACUACCCCGUGGGCUCAGAGUUCUGGACGGACAACACCUGCUCCUCGAAGUGCACGUGUCCAGGGCGGGGGAGCAAAGUCCAGUGCUCCAGUGCCUCCUGCCCGGCAGGCCAGUACUGUGGGGUGCAGAACGGGAAACCCGGCUGCUUCCCGUCCUCUUACGGCAUCUGCUACGUGCAUGGGGACCCUCACUACAACAGCUUUGACAACGUGUGGCACGACUUCAUGGGGAACUGCAGCUACACCCUGGCCAAAGUGUGCUCCAAUGCCACCUCCCUGCCCUACUUCAAUAUUGAGGCCAAGAACGAGCAUCGUGGGAACCCCAGCGUGUCCUACGUGCGCGAAGUCCUGGUUGAGGUGUACGGAGAACGCAUUGCAAUUGUCAAGAACGAGCAGAGCCAAGUGCUGGUCAACGGGGUGCGCCAGACCCUGCCGGUGAGAGCAGCGGGAGGCGCCGUCACAGUGAGCAGGAGCGGCCGCUACAUCAGCCUGGAGACAGACUUCAACCUGAAAGUGUCCUAUGACACCGACCACUCGGUGGAGGUGAAGGUGCCCACGACCUACUUCAACCUGACCUGUGGCAUGUGCGGGAACUUCAACAGCCGGGGAGAGGACGAUUACAUGAUGCCCAACGGGCAGCAAGCCGCAGACUCCAACGCGCUGGGAGAGAGCUGGCAGGUCCCAGACGACGACCCCUCUUGCGGUGUCCCCGUGCCCCCCGCACCCUGCAGUGCAGAAGAGGAGAAGCUCUACCACUCGGACGAGUUCUGCGGCAUGCUGACCUCCAGGCCCGGCUCUUUUGAGAACUGCCAUGCUGUGAUCAACCCCCAGAGCUACCUGAAGAGCUGCUUCUACGACCUUUGUGCCCUGAACGGUAGUCAGGAGGUCCUGUGCAGUGCUCUGGAAGCCUAUGCCGACGCGUGCCAGGCAGCGGGUGUGACUCUUCUUCCCUGGAGGAAUGCCACCUUCUGCCCUGUUGCAUGCCCUCCCAACAGUCAUUACAACCCAUGUACCAGUGCUUGUCCUGCAACCUGCCUUGGCCCUGUUGUACCAAAGAAUUGCAGUGGACCUUGUGUGGAGGGUUGUGAAUGCAACAGUGGUUUUGUCAUCAGCGGUGGACAGUGUGUGUCCAUGAGCAACUGUGGCUGCCUUCAAAAUGAAAAAUAUUACGAGAAAGGAGAAACUUUUUGGCAAACAAACUGUGCAGGCCAAUGUAUAUGUGCUGAAAAUAACACUGUAGUUUGUGAUUCAGACCCAUGCAAAGUAAAUGAAGUUUGCAAGAUGCAGAAUGGACUUUUGGGAUGUUAUCCAUUGAAUCCCAGCACUUGCCACAUUUUUGGGGAUCCACAUUAUAUAACCUUUGAUGGAAGACUCUAUCAUUUCCAAGGAGACUGUAAUUAUACAGUUGUUGAGACAUGCACAAAUUCUUCUGAGUGGUUUUCAGUGACAACUAGAAAUGAACAUAGAGGAAAUCCAAACUGGACAGCCUUGAGCUCGAUUGCUGUCACACUGAAAAAUCUUCACAUUGUUGUGAGGAAAAACAAGGAGACCUAUGUGGAUGGGGUUCAGGUUCAUCCUCCUGUGGAUUUGAAGCAUGGAGCCAGAGUAACUUUAAAGGGACACUAUGUGGUCAUUGAUACCUCUAUAGGGAUCCAGGUGAAGUUUGAUGGUGACCAGGAGCUUUUUAUUCAGGUUGAUGAAAGUCUCAAAGGAAAGCUGUGUGGUCUGUGUGGGACAUACACUGACAACCAGCUGGAUGAUUUUCUAAAACCAGAUAAAGUCCUAGAACAGGAUCCAAAUAAAUUUGGUGACAGCUGGGUAGUGAAGGAUGACAACUGGACGUGUAAUCCAGUUGCAGUUGUACCACCCACUUGUGAUACAGUGAAAGAGAAAGAAUAUGAAGAACUCUGCAAAAUCAUUUUGAAAAGUAGUGGGCCUUUUGAAGUCUGUCAUUGGUACAUUCCCCCUCAGCUCUACUUCGAGAGCUGUGUCUAUGACCUGUGUGCCACAGAGGGGAAUUCUGAACAGUUUUGCAAAAUUUUAGAGGCAUAUGCUGCUGCCUGUGAACUUGGAGGUGUAAAUCUGGGUGACUGGAGAAAAAACACCAUCUGUGCUACACAAACUGCUUGCAAUUUCUCCUGCACAUUUGACGUUGACUUCUGUGAGUGGAAACAGGCAACGAAUGACGACUUUGAGUGGAUAAGGCACAAGGGGCCAACACCCUCGCCAGAUACCGGCCCUUCCUAUGACCACACAACAGGAGACGGCUACUACAUCUACCUGCAAGGCAGCAAUGCCCUCCCCGGUUCUGUGGCUCAUCUGGUCAGUCCGGUGUGCAGUUCAGAAGGACCGCACUGCUUCCGCUUCUGGUAUCACAUGUAUGGAGUGGCUGAAACAAUGGCCUUGCGGGUGUACGUAGUUCACAAUGAGACAUCAAUACUGGAAUGGAAAGAUGCUGGGAACCACGGGGACAAAUGGAACUUGGGAGAGGUCACGGUGCACAGCACGGGAAACAUGCAGAUUGUCCUUGAGGGUAUGAGGGGUGAAGAUUUCCGGAGCGAUGUAGCAUUGGAUGAUCUGUCCAUCGAGAAGGGAUACUGCCCAGGCAAUGUGACUACGCCAUCACCAAGCCCCAGCACCGCCCCAUCUUCGACAGGGAAUCCGACACCAACACCCCUGCCAGGCUCAGGGACCUGUGUGGUGGAAGGAGACCCUCACUACCACACGUUCGACAAGCAAAUACACCACUUCAUGGGCACCUGCACCUACACCCUCUCCAAGCUGUGCGAGAGCAACAGCUCACUGCCCUACUUCAACGUGGAAGCAGCCAACGAGCACAGGGGAAGCAACACUCGCGUGUCCUACGUCCAGUACGUGGACGUUGAUGUGUCUGGCCAGCGGAUACGGCUGGGGAAGGGCGGAGUGGUGACGGUCAACGGAGUGGAAGAGGUCGUGCCCUGCACCCCAUCAGCAGGCGUGCGGGUCUCGUCCAGCGGGUUCUACACCGUGGUCUCAACAGACUUUGGCUUGAGAGUGAAGUUUGAUGGGGAGCAUCGGGUGGAGGUGACGCUUCCGAGCACCUUUGGGCAGAAGGUCUGUGGCAUGUGUGGGAACUACAACGGGGUGGCAGCAGAUGACUUCCUGAACCCGGAGGGAGUGCUGGAGCCAGACUCCACCAGCCUGGGCAACAGCUGGCAGGUGUCCAACGAUAGCAGCUGCUCACCCGGACCAAUCCCCAGCCCGGCCUGCAACGAUACGGACAAGCAAGUCAUUGCCAGCAGCCGCUUCUGCGGACUCCUCACUGACACCAGUGGCCUGUUUGAGUUGUGCCAUGCUGUCCUGAGCCCCAGCGGUUACUUCGACACCUGCCUUUACGACCUGUGUGAGCUGGGGCUGGAUCGCGAGGCCCUGUGCAACAGUUUGCAGUCCUACGCGGACGCCUGCCAGUCGCUUGGUGUGAAGAUCCCCGCGUGGAGGAACGCAACAUUCUGCCCCAUCAAGUGUUCUGCCAACAGCCACUACGAGCCAUGUGCUGCAGCCUGUCCUGCUACGUGUUUUGACCCUAUGGCUCCUGUUAGUUGCAGCCUGCCAUGCGUGGAGGGAUGUGUGUGCGACAGCGGGUACCUGCUCUACAAUGACCGAUGCGUGCCCAGCCAGCAGUGCGGGUGCUGGCACAACGGGCAGCACUACCCCGUGGGCUCAGAGUUCUGGACGGACAACACCUGCUCCUCGAAGUGCACGUGUCCAGGGCGGGGGAGCAAAGUCCAGUGCUCCAGUGCCUCCUGCCCGGCAGGCCAGUACUGUGGGGUGCAGAACGGGAAACCCGGCUGCUUCCUGUCCUCUUACGGCAUCUGCUACGUGCAUGGGGACCCUCACUACAACAGCUUUGACAACGUGUGGCACGACUUCAUGGGGAACUGCAGCUACACCCUGGCCAAAGUGUGCUCCAAUGCCACCUCCCUGCCCUACUUCAAUAUUGAGGCCAAGAACGAGCAUCGUGGGAACCCCAGCGUGUCCUACGUGCGCGAAGUCCUGGUUGAGGUGUACGGAGAACGCAUUGCAAUUGUCAAGAACGAGCAGAGCCAAGUGCUGGUCAACGGGGUGCGCCAGACCCUGCCGGUGAGAGCAGCGGGAGGCGCCGUCACAGUGAGCAGGAGCGGCCGCUACAUCAGCCUGGAGACAGACUUCAACCUGAAAGUGUCCUAUGACACCGACCACUCGGUGGAGGUGAAGGUGCCCACGACCUACUUCAACCUGACCUGUGGCAUGUGCGGGAACUUCAACAGCCGGGGAGAGGACGAUUACAUGAUGCCCAACGGGCAGCAAGCCGCAGACUCCAACGCGCUGGGAGAGAGCUGGCAGGUCCCAGACAACGACCCCUCUUGCGGUGUCCCCGUGCCCCCCGCACCCUGCAGUGCAGAAGAGGAGAAGCUCUACCACUCGGACGGGUUCUGCGGCAUGCUGACCUCCAGGCCCGGCUCUUUUGAGAACUGCCAUGCUGUGAUCAACCCCCAGAGCUACCUGGAGAGCUGCUUCUAUGACCUUUGUGCCCUGAACGGUAGUCAGGAGGUCCUGUGCAGUGCUCUGGAAGCCUAUGCUGACGCGUGCCAGGCAGCGGGUGUGACUCUUCUUCCCUGGAGGAAUGCCACCUUCUGCCCCCUGCUGUGCCCUGCCAACAGCUACUAUGACCCUUGCAUGACCGGCUGUCCUGCCACCUGCCUCGACCAACAAGCCCCACAGAACUGCUCCAAGCCCUGCGUGGAGGGCUGUGCAUGCACCUCUGGCUUCUUGGUCAGCGGAGACACCUGUGUGCCCGAGGCCCACUGUGGCUGCCUCUUUGAGGGCAACUACUACCGCGAAGGCGAGCACUUUGUGAGCGAGAACUGCGCUCGCCAGUGCCGGUGUGAAGCCAACGGCCAGAUGGUUUGCUCCGCGUUGUCCUGUGGUGAGGAUGAGGUCUGCAAGAUCCAGAAUGGCCACAGGGGCUGUUACCCGGCCAGCACUGCUCUCUGCCACAUCUACGGAGACCCGCAUUACAGCACUUUCGAUGGGAAGCUCCACCACUUCCAGGGCUCUUGCAACUACACAGUGGUGACGGGCUGCGGCAACUCCUCCGUUGGGUUCACGGUCACCACCCGCAAUGAGCAUCGGGGCAGCCAGAGCUGGACAGCUCUUAACUCUGUGGCGCUGUCUGUGGAAGGCCUCCACAUCGUACUGCAGAAGAACAAGGCAGUCUACAUCAAUGGUGUUCUGGCCUCCCUGCCUGCCUCUCCUAUCCCCAGCGUGACCGUUUCCCUGAGUGGCUCCUACGUGCAAGUUUCUACCAGGCUGGGCCUGCAGCUGCAGUUCAACGGGGACCACGAGCUCCUGGUGAGGGUGUCUGAGAAGCACAAGGGCAAGCUGUGUGGACUGUGUGGGACGUACACCGGGAGCCAGCAGGACGACUUCAUGAGACCCGACGGGGUGAUAGUGCCUGAUUUCAAUGACUUUGGAGCCAGCUGGAUGGUGCCGGACAAUGAUUGGCCGUGUGACCCAGCCAUCUUCCCGCCUGUGUCCUGCUCCCCCUCCCAGGAGGAGGCAGCUAACAAGCAGUGUGGAAUCCUCGCAGAGCUUGGCGGCCCGUUCCAGCCAUGCCAUGCGGUUCUGCCGCCCAAAUCGUACUUUGAGAGCUGUGUCUAUGACCAGUGUGCCACUGGUGGCAGCACAGAGCAGCUGUGCAAUGACCUGGAGGCCUACGCUACCGCCUGCACCCAGGCAGGAGUCACUCUGGGAGACUGGAGCGCUGGCACUGUCUGUGCUUCCCUUGCAGCCUGCAAUUUCUCCUGCACUUUUGACGUUGACUUCUGUGAGUGGGAACAGGCGAACUACAGCAGCAUUGACUGGAUAAGGCACAAGGGGCCAACACCCUCGCCAGAUACCGGCCCUUCCUAUGACCACACAACAGGAGACGGCUACUACAUCUACCUGCAAGGCAGCAAUGCCCUCCCUGGUUCUGUGGCUCAUCUGGUCAGUCCGGUGUGCAGUUCAGAAGGACCGCACUGCUUCCGCUUCUGGUAUCACAUGUAUGGAGUGGCUGAAACAAUGGCCUUGCGGGUGUACGUGGUUAAGAACAAAGAGCUAGUGAUGAUCUGGAGCAGUGUUGGGAACCAUGGGGACAGAUGGAACUUGGGAGAGGUCACGGUGCACAGCACGGGAAACAUGCAGAUUGUCCUGGAAGGAGAAUGGGGUGAAGAUUUCCGGAGCGAUGUAGCAUUGGAUGAUCUGUCCAUCGAGAAGGGAUACUGCCCAGGCAAUGUGACUACGCCAUCACCAAGCCCCAGCACCGCCCCAUCUUCGACAGGGAAUCCGACACCAACGCCCCUGCCAGGCUCAGGGACCUGUGUGGUGGAAGGAGACCCUCACUACCACACGUUCGACAAGCAAAUACACCACUUCAUGGGCACCUGCACCUACACCCUCUCCAAGCUGUGCGAGAGCAACAGCUCACUGCCCUACUUCAACGUGGAAGCAGCCAACGAGCACAGGGGAAGCAACACUCGCGUGUCCUACGUCCAGUACGUGGACGUUGAUGUGUCUGGCCAGCGGAUACGGCUGGGGAAGGGCGGAGUGGUGACGGUCAACGGAGUGGAAGAGGUCGUGCCCUGCACCCCAUCAGCAGGCGUGCGGGUCUCGUCCAGUGGGUUCUACACCGUGGUCUCAACAGACUUUGGCUUGAGAGUGAAGUUUGAUGGGGAGCAUCGGGUGGAGGUGACGCUUCCGAGCACCUUUGGGCAGAAGGUCUGUGGCAUGUGUGGGAACUACAACGGGGUGGCAGCAGAUGACUUCCUGAACCCAGAGGGAGUGCUGGAGCCAGACUCCACCAGCCUGGGCAACAGCUGGCAGGUGUCCAACGAUAGCAGCUGCUCACCCGGACCAAUCCCCAGCCCGGCCUGCAACGAUACGGACAAGCAAGUCAUUGCCAGCAGCCGCUUCUGCGGACUCCUCACUGACACCAGUGGCCUGUUUGAGUUGUGCCAUGCUGUCCUGAGCCCCAGCGGUUACUUCGACACCUGCCUUUACGACCUGUGUGAGCUGGGGCUGGAUCGCGAGGCCCUGUGCAACAGUUUGCAGUCCUACGCGGACGCCUGCCAGUCGCUUGGUGUGAAGAUCCCCGCGUGGAGGAACGCAACAUUCUGCCCCAUCAAGUGUCCUGCCAACAGCCACUAUGAGCCAUGCGCUGCAGCCUGCCCUGCUACCUGUGUUGACCCAACAGCACCCUACACCUGUGGCCAGCCGUGCGUGGAGGGAUGUGUGUGUGACAGCGGGUACCUGCUCUACAAUGACCGAUGCGUGCCCAGCCAGCAGUGCGGGUGCUGGCACAAUGGGCAGCACUACCCCGUGGGCUCAGAGUUCUGGACGGACAACACCUGCUCCUCGAAGUGCACGUGUCCAGGGCGGGGGAGCAAAGUCCAGUGCUCCAGUGCCUCCUGCCCGGCAGGCCAGUACUGUGGGGUGCAGAACGGGAAACCCGGCUGCUUCCCGUCCUCUUACGGCAUCUGCUACGUGCAUGGGGACCCUCACUACAACAGCUUUGACAACGUGUGGCACGACUUCAUGGGGAACUGCAGCUACACCCUGGCCAAAGUGUGCUCCAAUGCCACCUCCCUGCCCUACUUCAAUAUUGAGGCCAAGAACGAGCAUCGUGGGAACCCCAGCGUGUCCUACGUGCGCGAAGUCCUGGUUGAGGUGUACGGAGAACGCAUUGCAAUUGUCAAGAACGAGCAGAGCCAAGUGCUGGUCAACGGGGUGCGCCAGACCCUGCCGGUGAGAGCAGCGGGAGGCGCCGUCACAGUGAGCAGGAGCGGCCGCUACAUCAGCCUGGAGACAGACUUCAACCUGAAAGUGUCCUAUGACACCGACCACUCGGUGGAGGUGAAGGUGCCCACGACCUACUUCAACCUGACCUGUGGCAUGUGCGGGAACUUCAACAGCCGGGGAGAGGACGAUUACAUGAUGCCCAACGGGCAGCAAGCCGCAGACUCCAACGCGCUGGGAGAGAGCUGGCAGGUCCCAGACGACGACCCCUCUUGCGGUGUCCCCGUGCCCCCCGCACCCUGCAGUGCAGAAGAGGAGAAGCUCUACCACUCGGACGGGUUCUGCGGCAUGCUGACCUCCAGGCCCGGCUCUUUUGAGAACUGCCAUGCUGUGAUCAACCCCCAGAGCUACCUGGAGAGCUGCUUCUAUGACCUUUGUGCCCUGAACGGUAGUCAGGAGGUCCUGUGCAGUGCUCUGGAAGCCUAUGCUGACGCGUGCCAGGCAGCGGGUGUGACUCUUCUUCCCUGGAGGAAUGCCACCUUCUGCCCCCUGCUGUGCCCUGCCAACAGCUACUAUGACCCUUGCAUGACCGGCUGUCCUGCCACCUGCCUCGACCAACAAGCCCCACAGAACUGCUCCAAGCCCUGCGUGGAGGGCUGUGCGUGCACCUCUGGCUUCUUGGUCAGCGGAGACACCUGUGUGCCCGAGGCCCACUGUGGCUGCCUCUUUGAGGGCAACUACUACCGCGAAGGCGAGCACUUUGUGAGCGAGAACUGUGCUCGCCAGUGCCGGUGUGAAGCCAACGGCCAGAUGGUUUGCUCCGCGUUGUCCUGUGGUGAGGAUGAGGUCUGCAAGAUCCAGAAUGGCCGCAGGGGCUGUUACCCGGCCAGCACUGCUCUCUGCCACAUCUACGGAGACCCGCAUUACAGCACUUUCGAUGGGAAGCUCCACCACUUCCAGGGCUCUUGCAACUACACAGUGGUGACGGGCUGCGGCAACUCCUCCGUUGGGUUCACGGUCACCACCCGCAAUGAGCAUCGGGGCAGCCAGAGCUGGACAGCUCUUAACUCUGUGGCGCUGUCUGUGGAAGGCCUCCACAUCGUACUGCAGAAGAACAAGGCAGUCUACAUCAAUGGUGUUCUGGCCUCCCUGCCUGCCUCUCCUAUCCCCAGCGUGACCGUUUCCCUGAGUGGCUCCUACGUGCAAGUUUCUACCAGGCUGGGCCUGCAGCUGCAGUUCAACGGGGACCACGAGCUCCUGGUGAGGGUGUCUGAGAAGCACAAGGGCAAGCUGUGUGGACUGUGUGGGACGUACACCGGGAGCCAGCAGGACGACUUCAUGAGACCCGACGGGGUGAUAGUGCCUGAUUUCAAUGACUUUGGAGCCAGCUGGAUGGUGCCGGACAAUGAUUGGCCGUGUGACCCAGCCAUCUUCCCGCCUGUGUCCUGCUCCCCCUCCCAGGAGGAGGCAGCUAACAAGCAGUGUGGAAUCCUCGCAGAGCUUGGCGGCCCGUUCCAGCCAUGCCAUGCGGUUCUGCCGCCCAAAUCGUACUUUGAGAGCUGUGUCUAUGACCAGUGUGCCACUGGUGGCAGCACAGAGCAGCUGUGCAAUGACCUGGAGGCCUACGCUACCGCCUGCACCCAGGCAGGAGUCACUCUGGGAGACUGGAGCGCUGGCACUGUCUGUGCUUCCCUUGCAGCCUGCAAUUUCUCCUGCACUUUUGACGUUGACUUCUGUGAGUGGGAACAGGCGAACUACAGCAGCAUUGACUGGAUAAGGCACAAGGGGCCAACACCCUCGCCAGAUACCGGCCCUUCCUAUGACCACACAACAGGAGACGGCUACUACAUCUACCUGCAAGGCAGCAAUGCCCUCCCCGGUUCUGUGGCUCAUCUGGUCAGUCCGGUGUGCAGUUCAGAAGGACCGCACUGCUUCCGCUUCUGGUAUCACAUGUAUGGAGUGGCUGAAACAAUGGCCUUGCGGGUGUACGUGGUUAAGAACGAAGAGCUAGUGAUGAUCUGGAGCAGUGUUGGGAACCAUGGGGACAGAUGGAACUUGGGAGAGGUCACGGUGCACAGCACGGGAAACAUGCAGAUUGUCCUGGAAGGAGAAUGGGGUGAAGAUUUCCGGAGCGAUGUAGCAUUGGAUGAUCUGUCCAUCGAGAAGGGAUACUGCCCAGGCAAUGUGACUACGCCAUCACCAAGCCCCAGCACCGCCCCAUCUUCGACAGGGAAUCCGACACCAACACCCCUGCCAGGCUCAGGGACCUGUGUGGUGGAAGGAGACCCUCACUACCACACGUUCGACAAGCAAAUACACCACUUCAUGGGCACCUGCACCUACACCCUCUCCAAGCUGUGCGAGAGCAACAGCUCACUGCCCUACUUCAACGUGGAAGCAGCCAACGAGCACAGGGGAAGCAACACUCGCGUGUCCUACGUCCAGUACGUGGACAUUGAUGUGUCUGGCCAGCGGAUACGGCUGGGGAAGGGCGGAGUGGUGACGGUCAACGGAGUGGAAGAGGUCGUGCCCUGCACCCCAUCAGCAGGCGUGCGGGUCUCGUCCAGCGGGUUCUACACCGUGGUCUCAACAGACUUUGGCUUGAGAGUGAAGUUUGAUGGGGAGCAUCGGGUGGAGGUGACGCUUCCGAGCACCUUUGGGCAGAAGGUCUGUGGCAUGUGUGGGAACUACAACGGGGUGGCAGCAGAUGACUUCCUGAACCCGGAGGGAGUGCUGGAGCCAGACUCCACCAGCCUGGGCAACAGCUGGCAGGUGUCCAACGAUAGCAGCUGCUCACCCGGACCAAUCCCCAGCCCGGCCUGCAACGAUACGGACAAGCAAGUCAUUGCCAGCAGCCGCUUCUGCGGACUCCUCACUGACACCAGUGGCCUGUUUGAGUUGUGCCAUGCUGUCCUGAGCCCCAGCGGUUACUUCGACACCUGCCUUUACGACCUGUGUGAGCUGGGGCUGGAUCGCGAGGCCCUGUGCAACAGUUUGCAGUCCUACGCGGACGCCUGCCAGUCGCUUGGUGUGAAGAUCCCCGCGUGGAGGAACGCAACAUUCUGCCCCAUCAAGUGUUCUGCCAACAGCCACUACGAGCCAUGUGCUGCAGCCUGCCCUGCUACCUGUGUUGACCCUAUGGCUCCUGUUAGUUGCAGCCUGCCAUGCGUGGAGGGAUGUGUGUGCGACAGCGGGUACCUGCUCUACAAUGACCGAUGCGUGCCCAGCCAGCAGUGCGGGUGCUGGCACAACGGGCAGCACUACCCCGUGGGCUCAGAGUUCUGGACGGACAACACCUGCUCCUCGAAGUGCACGUGUCCAGGGCGGGGGAGCAAAGUCCAGUGCUCCAGUGCCUCCUGCCCGGCAGGCCAGUACUGUGGGGUGCAGAACGGGAAACCCGGCUGCUUCCUGUCCUCUUACGGCAUCUGCUACGUGCAUGGGGACCCUCACUACAACAGCUUUGACAACGUGUGGCACGACUUCAUGGGGAACUGCAGCUACACCCUGGCCAAAGUGUGCUCCAAUGCCACCUCCCUGCCCUACUUCAAUAUUGAGGCCAAGAACGAGCAUCGUGGGAACCCCAGCGUGUCCUACGUGCGCGAAGUCCUGGUUGAGGUGUACGGAGAACGCAUUGCAAUUGUCAAGAACGAGCAGAGCCAAGUGCUGGUCAACGGGGUGCGCCAGACCCUGCCGGUGAGAGCAGCGGGAGGCGCCGUCACAGUGAGCAGGAGCGGCCGCUACAUCAGCCUGGAGACAGACUUCAACCUGAAAGUGUCCUAUGACACCGACCACUCGGUGGAGGUGAAGGUGCCCACGACCUACUUCAACCUGACCUGUGGCAUGUGCGGGAACUUCAACAGCCGGGGAGAGGACGAUUACAUGAUGCCCAACGGGCAGCAAGCCGCAGACUCCAACACGCUGGGAGAGAGCUGGCAGGUCCCAGACGACGACCCCUCUUGCGGUGUCCCCGUGCCCCCCGCACCCUGCAGUGCAGAAGAGGAGAAGCUCUACCACUCGGACGGGUUCUGCGGCAUGCUGACCUCCAGGCCCGGCUCUUUUGAGAACUGCCAUGCUGUGAUCAACCCCCAGAGCUACCUGGAGAGCUGCUUCUAUGACCUUUGUGCCCUGAACGGUAGUCAGGAGGUCCUGUGCAGUGCUCUGGAAGCCUAUGCUGACGCGUGCCAGGCAGCGGGUGUGACUCUUCUUCCCUGGAGGAAUGCCACCUUCUGCCCCCUGCUGUGCCCUGCCAACAGCUACUAUGACCCUUGCAUGACCGGCUGUCCUGCCACCUGCCUCGACCAACAAGCCCCACAGAACUGCUCCAAGCCCUGCGUGGAGGGCUGUGCGUGCACCUCUGGCUUCUUGGUCAGCGGAGACACCUGUGUGCCCGAGGCCCACUGUGGCUGCCUCUUUGAGGGCAACUACUACCGCGAAGGCGAGCACUUUGUGAGCGAGAACUGUGCUCGCCAGUGCCGGUGUGAAGCCAACGGCCAGAUGGUUUGCUCCGCGUUGUCCUGUGGUGAGGAUGAGGUCUGCAAGAUCCAGAAUGGCCACAGGGGCUGUUACCCGGCCAGCACUGCUCUCUGCCACAUCUACGGAGACCCGCAUUACAGCACUUUCGAUGGGAAGCUCCACCACUUCCAGGGCUCUUGCAACUACACAGUGGUGACGGGCUGCGGCAACUCCUCCGUUGGGUUCACGGUCACCACCCGCAAUGAGCAUCGGGGCAGCCAGAGCUGGACAGCUCUUAACUCUGUGGCGCUGUCUGUGGAAGGCCUCCACAUCGUACUGCAGAAGAACAAGGCAGUCUACAUCAAUGGUGUUCUGGCCUCCCUGCCUGCCUCUCCUAUCCCCAGCGUGACCGUUUCCCUGAGUGGCUCCUACGUGCAAGUUUCUACCAGGCUGGGCCUGCAGCUGCAGUUCAACGGGGACCACGAGCUCCUGGUGAGGGUGUCUGAGAAGCACAAGGGCAAGCUGUGUGGACUGUGUGGGACGUACACCGGGAGCCAGCAGGACGACUUCAUGAGACCCGACGGGGUGAUAGUGCCUGAUUUCAAUGACUUUGGAGCCAGCUGGAUGGUGCCGGACAAUGAUUGGCCGUGUGACCCAGCCAUCUUCCCGCCUGUGUCCUGCUCCCCCUCCCAGGAGGAGGCAGCUAACAAGCAGUGUGGAAUCCUCGCAGAGCUUGGCGGCCCGUUCCAGCCAUGCCAUGCGGUUCUGCCGCCCAAAUCGUACUUUGAGAGCUGUGUCUAUGACCAGUGUGCCACUGGUGGCAGCACAGAGCAGCUGUGCAAUGACCUGGAGGCCUACGCUACCGCCUGCACCCAGGCAGGAGUCACUCUGGGAGACUGGAGCGCUGGCACUGUCUGUGCUUCCCUUGCAGCCUGCAAUUUCUCCUGCACUUUUGACGUUGACUUCUGUGAGUGGGAACAGGCGAACUACAGCAGCAUUGACUGGAUAAGGCACAAGGGGCCAACACCCUCGCCAGAUACCGGCCCUUCCUAUGACCACACAACAGGAGACGGCUACUACAUCUACCUGCAAGGCAGCAAUGCCCUCCCCGGUUCUGUGGCUCAUCUGGUCAGUCCGGUGUGCAGUUCAGAAGGACCGCACUGCUUCCGCUUCUGGUAUCACAUGUAUGGAGUGGCUGAAACAAUGGCCUUGCGGGUGUACGUGGUUAAGAACGAAGAGCUAGUGAUGAUCUGGAGCAGUGUUGGGAACCAUGGGGACAGAUGGAACUUGGGAGAGGUCACGGUGCACAGCACGGGAAACAUGCAGAUUGUCCUGGAAGGAGAAUGGGGUGAAGAUUUCCGGAGCGAUGUAGCAUUGGAUGAUCUGUCCAUCGAGAAGGGAUACUGCCCAGGCAAUGUGACUACGCCAUCACCAAGCCCCAGCACCGCCCCAUCUUCGACAGGGAAUCCGACACCAACACCCCUGCCAGGCUCAGGGACCUGUGUGGUGGAAGGAGACCCUCACUACCACACGUUCGACAAGCAAAUACACCACUUCAUGGGCACCUGCACCUACACCCUCUCCAAGCUGUGCGAGAGCAACAGCUCACUGCCCUACUUCAACGUGGAAGCAGCCAACGAGCACAGGGGAAGCAACACUCGCGUGUCCUACGUCCAGUACGUGGACGUUGAUGUGUCUGGCCAGCGGAUACGGCUGGGGAAGGGCGGAGUGGUGACGGUCAACGGAGUGGAAGAGGUCGUGCCCUGCACCCCAUCAGCAGGCGUGCGGGUCUCGUCCAGCGGGUUCUACACCGUGGUCUCAACAGACUUUGGCUUGAGAGUGAAGUUUGAUGGGGAGCAUCGGGUGGAGGUGACGCUUCCGAGCACCUUUGGGCAGAAGGUCUGUGGCAUGUGUGGGAACUACAACGGGGUGGCAGCAGAUGACUUCCUGAACCCGGAGGGAGUGCUGGAGCCAGACUCCACCAGCCUGGGCAACAGCUGGCAGGUGUCCAACGAUAGCAGCUGCUCACCCGGACCAAUCCCCAGCCCGGCCUGCAACGAUACGGACAAGCAAGUCAUUGCCAGCAGCCGCUUCUGCGGACUCCUCACUGACACCAGCGGCCUGUUUGAGUUGUGCCAUGCUGUCCUGAGCCCCAGCGGUUACUUCGACACCUGCCUUUACGACCUGUGUGAGCUGGGGCUGGAUCGCGAGGCCCUGUGCAACAGUUUGCAGUCCUACGCGGACGCCUGCCAGUCGCUUGGUGUGAAGAUCCCCGCGUGGAGGAACGCAACAUUCUGCCCCAUCAAGUGUCCUGCCAACAGCCACUAUGAGCCAUGCGCUGCAGCCUGCCCUGCUACCUGUGUUGACCCAACAGCACCCUACACCUGUGGCCAGCCGUGCGUGGAGGGAUGUGUGUGUGACAGCGGGUACCUGCUCUACAAUGACCGAUGCGUGCCCAGCCAGCAGUGCGGGUGCUGGCACAAUGGGCAGCACUACCCCGUGGGCUCAGAGUUCUGGACGGACAACACCUGCUCCUCGAAGUGCACGUGUCCAGGGCGGGGGAGCAAAGUCCAGUGCUCCAGUGCCUCCUGCCCGGCAGGCCAGUACUGUGGGGUGCAGAACGGGAAACCCGGCUGCUUCCUGUCCUCUUACGGCAUCUGCUACGUGCAUGGGGACCCUCACUACAACAGCUUUGACAACGUGUGGCACGACUUCAUGGGGAACUGCAGCUACACCCUGGCCAAAGUGUGCUCCAAUGCCACCUCCCUGCCCUACUUCAAUAUUGAGGCCAAGAACGAGCAUCGUGGGAACCCCAGCGUGUCCUACGUGCGCGAAGUCCUGGUUGAGGUGUACGGAGAACGCAUUGCAAUUGUCAAGAACGAGCAGAGCCAAGUGCUGGUAGGGAGCUGGGCUGGCAUGAGGGUGGUCAAUGGGGUGCGCCAGACCCUGCCGGUGAGAGCAGCGGGAGGCGCCGUCACAGUGAGCAGGAGCGGCCGCUACAUCAGCCUGGAGACAGACUUCAACCUGAAAGUGUCCUAUGACACCGACCACUCGGUGGAGGUGAAGGUGCCCACGACCUACUUCAACCUGACCUGUGGCAUGUGCGGGAACUUCAACAGCCGGGGAGAGGACGAUUACAUGAUGCCCAACGGGCAGCAAGCCGCAGACUCCAACGCGCUGGGAGAGAGCUGGCAGGUCCCAGACGACGACCCCUCUUGCGGUGUCCCCGUGCCCCCCGCACCCUGCAGUGCAGAAGAGGAGAAGCUCUACCACUCGGACGGGUUCUGCGGCAUGCUGACCUCCAGGCCCGGCUCUUUUGAGAACUGCCAUGCUGUGAUCAACCCCCAGAGCUACCUGGAGAGCUGCUUCUAUGACCUUUGUGCCCUGAACGGUAGUCAGGAGGUCCUGUGCAGUGCUCUGGAAGCCUAUGCCGACGCGUGCCAGGCAGCGGGUGUGACUCUUCUUCCCUGGAGGAAUGCCACCUUCUGCCCCCUGCUGUGCCCUGCCAACAGCUACUAUGACCCUUGCAUGACCGGCUGUCCUGCCACCUGCCUCGACCAACAAGCCCCACAGAACUGCUCCAAGCCCUGCGUGGAGGGCUGUGCGUGCACCUCUGGCUUCUUGGUCAGCGGAGACACCUGUGUGCCCGAGGCCCACUGUGGCUGCCUCUUUGAGGGCAACUACUACCGCGAAGGCGAGCACUUUGUGAGCGAGAACUGCGCUCGCCAGUGCCGGUGUGAAGCCAACGGCCAGAUGGUUUGCUCCGCGUUGUCCUGUGGUGAGGAUGAGGUCUGCAAGAUCCAGAAUGGCCACAGGGGCUGUUACCCGGCCAGCACUGCUCUCUGCCACAUCUACGGAGACCCGCAUUACAGCACUUUCGAUGGGAAGCUCCACCACUUCCAGGGCUCUUGCAACUACACAGUGGUGACGGGCUGCGGCAACUCCUCCGUUGGGUUCACGGUCACCACCCGCAAUGAGCAUCGGGGCAGCCAGAGCUGGACAGCUCUUAACUCUGUGGCGCUGUCUGUGGAAGGCCUCCACAUCGUACUGCAGAAGAACAAGGCAGUCUACAUCAAUGGUGUUCUGGCCUCCCUGCCUGCCUCUCCUAUCCCCAGCGUGACCGUUUCCCUGAGUGGCUCCUACGUGCAAGUUUCUACCAGGCUGGGCCUGCAGCUGCAGUUCAACGGGGACCACGAGCUCCUGGUGAGGGUGUCUGAGAAGCACAAGGGCAAGCUGUGUGGACUGUGUGGGACGUACACCGGGAGCCAGCAGGACGACUUCAUGAGACCCGACGGGGUGAUAGUGCCUGAUUUCAAUGACUUUGGAGCCAGCUGGAUGGUGCCGGACAAUGAUUGGCCGUGUGACCCAGCCAUCUUCCCGCCUGUGUCCUGCUCCCCCUCCCAGGAGGAGGCAGCUAACAAGCAGUGUGGAAUCCUCGCAGAGCUUGGCGGCCCGUUCCAGCCAUGCCAUGCGGUUCUGCCGCCCAAAUCGUACUUUGAGAGCUGUGUCUAUGACCAGUGUGCCACUGGUGGCAGCACAGAGCAGCUGUGCAAUGACCUGGAGGCCUACGCUACCGCCUGCACCCAGGCAGGAGUCACUCUGGGAGACUGGAGCGCUGGCACUGUCUGUGCUUCCCUUGCAGCCUGCAAUUUCUCCUGCACUUUUGACGUUGACUUCUGUGAGUGGGAACAGGCGAACUACAGCAGCAUUGACUGGAUAAGGCACAAGGGGCCAACACCCUCGCCAGAUACCGGCCCUUCCUAUGACCACACAACAGGAGACGGCUACUACAUCUACCUGCAAGGCAGCAAUGCCCUCCCCGGUUCUGUGGCUCAUCUGGUCAGUCCGGUGUGCAGUUCAGAAGGACCGCACUGCUUCCGCUUCUGGUAUCACAUGUAUGGAGUGGCUGAAACAAUGGCCUUGCGGGUGUACGUGGUUAAGAACGAAGAGCUAGUGAUGAUCUGGAGCAGUGUUGGGAACCAUGGGGACAGAUGGAACUUGGGAGAGGUCACGGUGCACAGCACGGGAAACAUGCAGAUUGUCCUGGAAGGAGAAUGGGGUGAAGAUUUCCGGAGCGAUGUAGCAUUGGAUGAUCUGUCCAUCGAGAAGGGAUACUGCCCAGGCAAUGUGACUACGCCAUCACCAAGCCCCAGCACCGCCCCAUCUUCGACAGGGAAUCCGACACCAACGCCCCUGCCAGGCUCAGGGACCUGUGUGGUGGAAGGAGACCCUCACUACCACACGUUCGACAAGCAAAUACACCACUUCAUGGGCACCUGCACCUACACCCUCUCCAAGCUGUGCGAGAGCAACAGCUCACUGCCCUACUUCAACGUGGAAGCAGCCAACGAGCACAGGGGAAGCAACACUCGCGUGUCCUACGUCCAGUACGUGGACGUUGAUGUGUCUGGCCAGCGGAUACGGCUGGGGAAGGGCGGAGUGGUGACGGUCAACGGAGUGGAAGAGGUCGUGCCCUGCACCCCAUCAGCAGGCGUGCGGGUCUCGUCCAGCGGGUUCUACACCGUGGUCUCAACAGACUUUGGCUUGAGAGUGAAGUUUGAUGGGGAGCAUCGGGUGGAGGUGACGCUUCCGAGCACCUUUGGGCAGAAGGUCUGUGGCAUGUGUGGGAACUACAACGGGGUGGCAGCAGAUGACUUCCUGAACCCGGAGGGAGUGCUGGAGCCAGACUCCACCAGCCUGGGCAACAGCUGGCAGGUGUCCAACGAUAGCAGCUGCUCACCCGGACCAAUCCCCAGCCCGGCCUGCAACGAUACGGACAAGCAAGUCAUUGCCAGCAGCCGCUUCUGCGGACUCCUCACUGACACCAGCGGCCUGUUUGAGUUGUGCCAUGCUGUCCUGAGCCCCAGCGGUUACUUCGACACCUGCCUUUACGACCUGUGUGAGCUGGGGCUGGAUCGCGAGGCCCUGUGCAACAGUUUGCAGUCCUACGCGGACGCCUGCCAGUCGCUUGGUGUGAAGAUCCCCGCGUGGAGGAACGCAACAUUCUGCCCCAUCAAGUGUUCUGCCAACAGCCACUACGAGCCAUGUGCUGCAGCCUGUCCUGCUACGUGUUUUGACCCUAUGGCUCCUGUUAGUUGCAGCCUGCCAUGCGUGGAGGGAUGUGUGUGCGACAGCGGGUACCUGCUCUACAAUGACCGAUGCGUGCCCAGCCAGCAGUGCGGGUGCUGGCACAACGGGCAGCACUACCCCGUGGGCUCAGAGUUCUGGACGGACAACACCUGCUCCUCGAAGUGCACGUGUCCAGGGCGGGGGAGCAAAGUCCAGUGCUCCAGUGCCUCCUGCCCGGCAGGCCAGUACUGUGGGGUGCAGAACGGGAAACCCGGCUGCUUCCUGUCCUCUUACGGCAUCUGCUACGUGCAUGGGGACCCUCACUACAACAGCUUUGACAACGUGUGGCACGACUUCAUGGGGAACUGCAGCUACACCCUGGCCAAAGUGUGCUCCAAUGCCACCUCCCUGCCCUACUUCAAUAUUGAGGCCAAGAACGAGCAUCGUGGGAACCCCAGCGUGUCCUACGUGCGCGAAGUCCUGGUUGAGGUGUACGGAGAACGCAUUGCAAUUGUCAAGAACGAGCAGAGCCAAGUGCUGGUCAACGGGGUGCGCCAGACCCUGCCGGUGAGAGCAGCGGGAGGCGCCGUCACAGUGAGCAGGAGCGGCCGCUACAUCAGCCUGGAGACAGACUUCAACCUGAAAGUGUCCUAUGACACCGACCACUCGGUGGAGGUGAAGGUGCCCACGACCUACUUCAACCUGACCUGUGGCAUGUGCGGGAACUUCAACAGCCGGGGAGAGGACGAUUACAUGAUGCCCAACGGGCAGCAAGCCGCAGACUCCAACGCGCUGGGAGAGAGCUGGCAGGUCCCAGACGACGACCCCUCUUGCGGUGUCCCCGUGCCCCCCGCACCCUGCAGUGCAGAAGAGGAGAAGCUCUACCACUCGGACGGGUUCUGCGGCAUGCUGACCUCCAGGCCCGGCUCUUUUGAGAACUGCCAUGCUGUGAUCAACCCCCAGAGCUACCUGGAGAGCUGCUUCUAUGACCUUUGUGCCCUGAACGGUAGUCAGGAGGUCCUGUGCAGUGCUCUGGAAGCCUAUGCUGACGCGUGCCAGGCAGCGGGUGUGACUCUUCUUCCCUGGAGGAAUGCCACCUUCUGCCCCCUGCUGUGCCCUGCCAACAGCUACUAUGACCCUUGCAUGACCGGCUGUCCUGCCACCUGCCUCGACCAACAAGCCCCACAGAACUGCUCCAAGCCCUGCGUGGAGGGCUGUGCGUGCACCUCUGGCUUCUUGGUCAGCGGAGACACCUGUGUGCCCGAGGCCCACUGUGGCUGCCUCUUUGAGGGCAACUACUACCGCGAAGGCGAGCACUUUGUGAGCGAGAACUGUGCUCGCCAGUGCCGGUGUGAAGCCAACGGCCAGAUGGUUUGCUCCGCGUUGUCCUGUGGUGAGGAUGAGGUCUGCAAGAUCCAGAAUGGCCACAGGGGCUGUUACCCGGCCAGCACUGCUCUCUGCCACAUCUACGGAGACCCGCAUUACAGCACUUUCGAUGGGAAGCUCCACCACUUCCAGGGCUCUUGCAACUACACAGUGGUGACGGGCUGCGGCAACUCCUCCGUUGGGUUCACGGUCACCACCCGCAAUGAGCAUCGGGGCAGCCAGAGCUGGACAGCUCUUAACUCUGUGGCGCUGUCUGUGGAAGGCCUCCACAUCGUACUGCAGAAGAACAAGGCAGUCUACAUCAAUGGUGUUCUGGCCUCCCUGCCUGCCUCUCCUAUCCCCAGCGUGACCGUUUCCCUGAGUGGCUCCUAUGUGCAAGUUUCUACCAGGCUGGGCCUGCAGCUGCAGUUCAACGGGGACCACGAGCUCCUGGUGAGGGUGUCUGAGAAGCACAAGGGCAAGCUGUGUGGACUGUGUGGGACGUACACCGGGAGCCAGCAGGACGACUUCAUGAGACCCGACGGGGUGAUAGUGCCUGAUUUCAAUGACUUUGGAGCCAGCUGGAUGGUGCCGGACAAUGAUUGGCCGUGUGACCCAGCCAUCUUCCCGCCUGUGUCCUGCUCCCCCUCCCAGGAGGAGGCAGCUAACAAGCAGUGUGGAAUCCUCGCAGAGCUUGGCGGCCCGUUCCAGCCAUGCCAUGCGGUUCUGCCGCCCAAAUCGUACUUUGAGAGCUGUGUCUAUGACCAGUGUGCCACUGGUGGCAGCACAGAGCAGCUGUGCAAUGACCUGGAGGCCUACGCUACCGCCUGCACCCAGGCAGGAGUCACUCUGGGAGACUGGAGCGCUGGCACUGUCUGUGCUUCCCUUGCAGCCUGCAAUUUCUCCUGCACUUUUGACGUUGACUUCUGUGAGUGGGAACAGGCGAACUACAGCAGCAUUGACUGGAUAAGGCACAAGGGGCCAACACCCUCGCCAGAUACCGGCCCUUCCUAUGACCACACAACAGGAGACGGCUACUACAUCUACCUGCAAGGCAGCAAUGCCCUCCCCGGUUCUGUGGCUCAUCUGGUCAGUCCGGUGUGCAGUUCAGAAGGACCGCACUGCUUCCGCUUCUGGUAUCACAUGUAUGGAGUGGCUGAAACAAUGGCCUUGCGGGUGUACGUGGUUAAGAACGAAGAGCUAGUGAUGAUCUGGAGCAGUGUUGGGAACCAUGGGGACAGAUGGAACUUGGGAGAGGUCACGGUGCACAGCACGGGAAACAUGCAGAUUGUCCUGGAAGGAGAAUGGGGUGAAGAUUUCCGGAGCGAUGUAGCAUUGGAUGAUCUGUCCAUCGAGAAGGGAUACUGCCCAGGCAAUGUGACUACGCCAUCACCAAGCCCCAGCACCGCCCCAUCUUCGACAGGGAAUCCGACACCAACACCCCUGCCAGGCUCAGGGACCUGUGUGGUGGAAGGAGACCCUCACUACCACACGUUCGACAAGCAAAUACACCACUUCAUGGGCACCUGCACCUACACCCUCUCCAAGCUGUGCGAGAGCAACAGCUCACUGCCCUACUUCAACGUGGAAGCAGCCAACGAGCACAGGGGAAGCAACACUCGCGUGUCCUACGUCCAGUACGUGGACGUUGAUGUGUCUGGCCAGCGGAUACGGCUGGGGAAGGGCGGAGUGGUGACGGUCAACGGAGUGGAAGAGGUCGUGCCCUGCACCCCAUCAGCAGGCGUGCGGGUCUCGUCCAGCGGGUUCUACACCGUGGUCUCAACAGACUUUGGCUUGAGAGUGAAGUUUGAUGGGGAGCAUCGGGUGGAGGUGACGCUUCCGAGCACCUUUGGGCAGAAGGUCUGUGGCAUGUGUGGGAACUACAACGGGGUGGCAGCAGAUGACUUCCUGAACCCGGAGGGAGUGCUGGAGCCAGACUCCACCAGCCUGGGCAACAGCUGGCAGGUGUCCAACGAUAGCAGCUGCUCACCCGGACCAAUCCCCAGCCCGGCCUGCAACGAUACGGACAAGCAAGUCAUUGCCAGCAGCCGCUUCUGCGGACUCCUCACUGACACCAGUGGCCUGUUUGAGUUGUGCCAUGCUGUCCUGAGCCCCAGCGGUUACUUCGACACCUGCCUUUACGACCUGUGUGAGCUGGGGCUGGAUCGCGAGGCCCUGUGCAACAGUUUGCAGUCCUACGCGGACGCCUGCCAGUCGCUUGGUGUGAAGAUCCCCGCGUGGAGGAACGCAACAUUCUGCCCCAUCAAGUGUCCUGCCAACAGCCACUAUGAGCCAUGCGCUGCAGCCUGCCCUGCUACCUGUGUUGACCCAACAGCACCCUACACCUGUGGCCAGCCGUGCGUGGAGGGAUGUGUGUGUGACAGCGGGUACCUGCUCUACAAUGACCGAUGCGUGCCCAGCCAGCAGUGCGGGUGCUGGCACAAUGGGCAGCACUACCCCGUGGGCUCAGAGUUCUGGACGGACAACACCUGCUCCUCGAAGUGCACGUGUCCAGGGCGGGGGAGCAAAGUCCAGUGCUCCAGUGCCUCCUGCCCGGCAGGCCAGUACUGUGGGGUGCAGAACGGGAAACCCGGCUGCUUCCCGUCCUCUUACGGCAUCUGCUACGUGCAUGGGGACCCUCACUACAACAGCUUUGACAACGUGUGGCACGACUUCAUGGGGAACUGCAGCUACACCCUGGCCAAAGUGUGCUCCAAUGCCACCUCCCUGCCCUACUUCAAUAUUGAGGCCAAGAACGAGCAUCGUGGGAACCCCAGCGUGUCCUACGUGCGCGAAGUCCUGGUUGAGGUGUACGGAGAACGCAUUGCAAUUGUCAAGAACGAGCAGAGCCAAGUGCUGGUCAACGGGGUGCGCCAGACCCUGCCGGUGAGAGCAGCGGGAGGCGCCGUCACAGUGAGCAGGAGCGGCCGCUACAUCAGCCUGGAGACAGACUUCAACCUGAAAGUGUCCUAUGACACCGACCACUCGGUGGAGGUGAAGGUGCCCACGACCUACUUCAACCUGACCUGUGGCAUGUGCGGGAACUUCAACAGCCGGGGAGAGGACGAUUACAUGAUGCCCAACGGGCAGCAAGCCGCAGACUCCAACACGCUGGGAGAGAGCUGGCAGGUCCCAGACGACGACCCCUCUUGCGGUGUCCCCGUGCCCCCCGCACCCUGCAGUGCAGAAGAGGAGAAGCUCUACCACUCGGACGGGUUCUGCGGCAUGCUGACCUCCAGGCCCGGCUCUUUUGAGAACUGCCAUGCUGUGAUCAACCCCCAGAGCUACCUGGAGAGCUGCUUCUAUGACCUUUGUGCCCUGAACGGUAGUCAGGAGGUCCUGUGCAGUGCUCUGGAAGCCUAUGCUGACGCGUGCCAGGCAGCGGGUGUGACUCUUCUUCCCUGGAGGAAUGCCACCUUCUGCCCCCUGCUGUGCCCUGCCAACAGCUACUAUGACCCUUGCAUGACCGGCUGUCCUGCCACCUGCCUCGACCAACAAGCCCCACAGAACUGCUCCAAGCCCUGCGUGGAGGGCUGUGCGUGCACCUCUGGCUUCUUGGUCAGCGGAGACACCUGUGUGCCCGAGGCCCACUGUGGCUGCCUCUUUGAGGGCAACUACUACCGCGAAGGCGAGCACUUUGUGAGCGAGAACUGUGCUCGCCAGUGCCGGUGUGAAGCCAACGGCCAGAUGGUUUGCUCCGCGUUGUCCUGUGGUGAGGAUGAGGUCUGCAAGAUCCAGAAUGGCCACAGGGGCUGUUACCCGGCCAGCACUGCUCUCUGCCACAUCUACGGAGACCCGCAUUACAGCACUUUCGAUGGGAAGCUCCACCACUUCCAGGGCUCUUGCAACUACACAGUGGUGACGGGCUGCGGCAACUCCUCCGUUGGGUUCACGGUCACCACCCGCAAUGAGCAUCGGGGCAGCCAGAGCUGGACAGCUCUUAACUCUGUGGCGCUGUCUGUGGAAGGCCUCCACAUCGUACUGCAGAAGAACAAGGCAGUCUACAUCAAUGGUGUUCUGGCCUCCCUGCCUGCCUCUCCUAUCCCCAGCGUGACCGUUUCCCUGAGUGGCUCCUACGUGCAAGUUUCUACCAGGCUGGGCCUGCAGCUGCAGUUCAACGGGGACCACGAGCUCCUGGUGAGGGUGUCUGAGAAGCACAAGGGCAAGCUGUGUGGACUGUGUGGGACGUACACCGGGAGCCAGCAGGACGACUUCAUGAGACCCGACGGGGUGAUAGUGCCUGAUUUCAAUGACUUUGGAGCCAGCUGGAUGGUGCCGGACAAUGAUUGGCCGUGUGACCCAGCCAUCUUCCCGCCUGUGUCCUGCUCCCCCUCCCAGGAGGAGGCAGCUAACAAGCAGUGUGGAAUCCUCGCAGAGCUUGGCGGCCCGUUCCAGCCAUGCCAUGCGGUUCUGCCGCCCAAAUCGUACUUUGAGAGCUGUGUCUAUGACCAGUGUGCCACUGGUGGCAGCACAGAGCAGCUGUGCAAUGACCUGGAGGCCUACGCUACCGCCUGCACCCAGGCAGGAGUCACUCUGGGAGACUGGAGCGCUGGCACUGUCUGUGCCUGCAAUUUCUCCUGCACUUUUGACGUUGACUUCUGUGAGUGGGAACAGGCGAACUACAGCAGCAUUGACUGGAUAAGGCACAAGGGGCCAACACCCUCGCCAGAUACCGGCCCUUCCUAUGACCACACAACAGGAGACGGCUACUACAUCUACCUGCAAGGCAGCAAUGCCCUCCCCGGUUCUGUGGCUCAUCUGGUCAGUCCGGUGUGCAGUUCAGAAGGACCGCACUGCUUCCGCUUCUGGUAUCACAUGUAUGGAGUGGCUGAAACAAUGGCCUUGCGGGUGUACGUGGUUAAGAACGAAGAGCUAGUGAUGAUCUGGAGCAGUGUUGGGAACCAUGGGGACAGAUGGAACUUGGGAGAGGUCACGGUGCACAGCACGGGAAACAUGCAGAUUGUCCUGGAAGGAGAAUGGGGUGAAGAUUUCCGGAGCGAUGUAGCAUUGGAUGAUCUGUCCAUCGAGAAGGGAUACUGCCCAGGCAAUGUGACUACGCCAUCACCAAGCCCCAGCACCGCCCCAUCUUCGACAGGGAAUCCGACACCAACGCCCCUGCCAGGCUCAGGGACCUGUGUGGUGGAAGGAGACCCUCACUACCACACGUUCGACAAGCAAAUACACCACUUCAUGGGCACCUGCACCUACACCCUCUCCAAGCUGUGCGAGAGCAACAGCUCACUGCCCUACUUCAACGUGGAAGCAGCCAACGAGCACAGGGGAAGCAACACUCGCGUGUCCUACGUCCAGUACGUGGACGUUGAUGUGUCUGGCCAGCGGAUACGGCUGGGGAAGGGCGGAGUGGUGACGGUCAACGGAGUGGAAGAGGUCGUGCCCUGCACCCCAUCAGCAGGCGUGCGGGUCUCGUCCAGCGGGUUCUACACCGUGGUCUCAACAGACUUUGGCUUGAGAGUGAAGUUUGAUGGGGAGCAUCGGGUGGAGGUGACGCUUCCGAGCACCUUUGGGCAGAAGGUCUGUGGCAUGUGUGGGAACUACAACGGGGUGGCAGCAGAUGACUUCCUGAACCCGGAGGGAGUGCUGGAGCCAGACUCCACCAGCCUGGGCAACAGCUGGCAGGUGUCCAACGAUAGCAGCUGCUCACCCGGACCAAUCCCCAGCCCGGCCUGCAACGAUACGGACAAGCAAGUCAUUGCCAGCAGCCGCUUCUGCGGACUCCUCACUGACACCAGUGGCCUGUUUGAGUUGUGCCAUGCUGUCCUGAGCCCCAGCGGUUACUUCGACACCUGCCUUUACGACCUGUGUGAGCUGGGGCUGGAUCGCGAGGCCCUGUGCAACAGUUUGCAGUCCUACGCGGACGCCUGCCAGUCGCUUGGUGUGAAGAUCCCCGCGUGGAGGAACGCAACAUUCUGCCCCAUCAAGUGUUCUGCCAACAGCCACUACGAGCCAUGUGCUGCAGCCUGUCCUGCUACGUGUUUUGACCCUAUGGCUCCUGUUAGUUGCAGCCUGCCAUGCGUGGAGGGAUGUGUGUGCGACAGCGGGUACCUGCUCUACAAUGACCGAUGCGUGCCCAGCCAGCAGUGCGGGUGCUGGCACAACGGGCAGCACUACCCCGUGGGCUCAGAGUUCUGGACGGACAACACCUGCUCCUCGAAGUGCACGUGUCCAGGGCGGGGGAGCAAAGUCCAGUGCUCCAGUGCCUCCUGCCCGGCAGGCCAGUACUGUGGGGUGCAGAACGGGAAACCCGGCUGCUUCCCGUCCUCUUACGGCAUCUGCUACGUGCAUGGGGACCCUCACUACAACAGCUUUGACAACGUGUGGCACGACUUCAUGGGGAACUGCAGCUACACCCUGGCCAAAGUGUGCUCCAAUGCCACCUCCCUGCCCUACUUCAAUAUUGAGGCCAAGAACGAGCAUCGUGGGAACCCCAGCGUGUCCUACGUGCGCGAAGUCCUGGUUGAGGUGUACGGAGAACGCAUUGCAAUUGUCAAGAACGAGCAGAGCCAAGUGCUGGUCAACGGGGUGCGCCAGACCCUGCCGGUGAGAGCAGCGGGAGGCGCCGUCACAGUGAGCAGGAGCGGCCGCUACAUCAGCCUGGAGACAGACUUCAACCUGAAAGUGUCCUAUGACACCGACCACUCGGUGGAGGUGAAGGUGCCCACGACCUACUUCAACCUGACCUGUGGCAUGUGCGGGAACUUCAACAGCCGGGGAGAGGACGAUUACAUGAUGCCCAACGGGCAGCAAGCCGCAGACUCCAACGCGCUGGGAGAGAGCUGGCAGGUCCCAGACGACGACCCCUCUUGCGGUGUCCCCGUGCCCCCCGCACCCUGCAGUGCAGAAGAGGAGAAGCUCUACCACUCGGACGGGUUCUGCGGCAUGCUGACCUCCAGGCCCGGCUCUUUUGAGAACUGCCAUGCUGUGAUCAACCCCCAGAGCUACCUGGAGAGCUGCUUCUAUGACCUUUGUGCCCUGAACGGUAGUCAGGAGGUCCUGUGCAGUGCUCUGGAAGCCUAUGCUGACGCGUGCCAGGCAGCGGGUGUGACUCUUCUUCCCUGGAGGAAUGCCACCUUCUGCCCCCUGCUGUGCCCUGCCAACAGCUACUAUGACCCUUGCAUGACCGGCUGUCCUGCCACCUGCCUCGACCAACAAGCCCCACAGAACUGCUCCAAGCCCUGCGUGGAGGGCUGUGCGUGCACCUCUGGCUUCUUGGUCAGCGGAGACACCUGUGUGCCCGAGGCCCACUGUGGCUGCCUCUUUGAGGGCAACUACUACCGCGAAGGCGAGCACUUUGUGAGCGAGAACUGCGCUCGCCAGUGCCGGUGUGAAGCCAACGGCCAGAUGGUUUGCUCCGCGUUGUCCUGUGGUGAGGAUGAGGUCUGCAAGAUCCAGAAUGGCCACAGGGGCUGUUACCCGGCCAGCACUGCUCUCUGCCACAUCUACGGAGACCCGCAUUACAGCACUUUCGAUGGGAAGCUCCACCACUUCCAGGGCUCUUGCAACUACACAGUGGUGACGGGCUGCGGCAACUCCUCCGUUGGGUUCAUGGUCACCACCCGCAAUGAGCAUCGGGGCAGCCAGAGCUGGACAGCUCUUAACUCUGUGGCGCUGUCUGUGGAAGGCCUCCACAUCGUACUGCAGAAGAACAAGGCAGUCUACAUCAAUGGUGUUCUGGCCUCCCUGCCUGCCUCUCCUAUCCCCAGCGUGACCGUUUCCCUGAGUGGCUCCUACGUGCAAGUUUCUACCAGGCUGGGCCUGCAGCUGCAGUUCAACGGGGACCACGAGCUCCUGGUGAGGGUGUCUGAGAAGCACAAGGGCAAGCUGUGUGGACUGUGUGGGACGUACACCGGGAGCCAGCAGGACGACUUCAUGAGACCCGACGGGGUGAUAGUGCCUGAUUUCAAUGACUUUGGAGCCAGCUGGAUGGUGCCGGACAAUGAUUGGCCGUGUGACCCAGCCAUCUUCCCGCCUGUGUCCUGCUCCCCCUCCCAGGAGGAGGCAGCUAACAAGCAGUGUGGAAUCCUCGCAGAGCUUGGCGGCCCGUUCCAGCCAUGCCAUGCGGUUCUGCCGCCCAAAUCGUACUUUGAGAGCUGUGUCUAUGACCAGUGUGCCACUGGUGGCAGCACAGAGCAGCUGUGCAAUGACCUGGAGGCCUACGCUACCGCCUGCACCCAGGCAGGAGUCACUCUGGGAGACUGGAGCGCUGGCACUGUCUGUGCCUGCAAUUUCUCCUGCACUUUUGACGUUGACUUCUGUGAGUGGGAACAGGCGAACUACAGCAGCAUUGACUGGAUAAGGCACAAGGGGCCAACACCCUCGCCAGAUACCGGCCCUUCCUAUGACCACACAACAGGAGACGGCUACUACAUCUACCUGCAAGGCAGCAAUGCCCUCCCCGGUUCUGUGGCUCAUCUGGUCAGUCCGGUGUGCAGUUCAGAAGGACCGCACUGCUUCCGCUUCUGGUAUCACAUGUAUGGAGUGGCUGAAACAAUGGCCUUGCGGGUGUACGUGGUUAAGAACGAAGAGCUAGUGAUGAUCUGGAGCAGUGUUGGGAACCAUGGGGACAGAUGGAACUUGGGAGAGGUCACGGUGCACAGCACGGGAAACAUGCAGAUUGUCCUGGAAGGAGAAUGGGGUGAAGAUUUCCGGAGCGAUGUAGCAUUGGAUGAUCUGUCCAUCGAGAAGGGAUACUGCCCAGGCAAUGUGACUACGCCAUCACCAAGCCCCAGCACCGCCCCAUCUUCGACAGGGAAUCCGACACCAACGCCCCUGCCAGGCUCAGGGACCUGUGUGGUGGAAGGAGACCCUCACUACCACACGUUCGACAAGCAAAUACACCACUUCAUGGGCACCUGCACCUACACCCUCUCCAAGCUGUGCGAGAGCAACAGCUCACUGCCCUACUUCAACGUGGAAGCAGCCAACGAGCACAGGGGAAGCAACACUCGCGUGUCCUACGUCCAGUACGUGGACGUUGAUGUGUCUGGCCAGCGGAUACGGCUGGGGAAGGGCGGAGUGGUGACGGUCAACGGAGUGGAAGAGGUCGUGCCCUGCACCCCAUCAGCAGGCGUGCGGGUCUCGUCCAGCGGGUUCUACACCGUGGUCUCAACAGACUUUGGCUUGAGAGUGAAGUUUGAUGGGGAGCAUCGGGUGGAGGUGACGCUUCCGAGCACCUUUGGGCAGAAGGUCUGUGGCAUGUGUGGGAACUACAACGGGGUGGCAGCAGAUGACUUCCUGAACCCGGAGGGAGUGCUGGAGCCAGACUCCACCAGCCUGGGCAACAGCUGGCAGGUGUCCAACGAUAGCAGCUGCUCACCCGGACCAAUCCCCAGCCCGGCCUGCAACGAUACGGACAAGCAAGUCAUUGCCAGCAGCCGCUUCUGCGGACUCCUCACUGACACCAGUGGCCUGUUUGAGUUGUGCCAUGCUGUCCUGAGCCCCAGCGGUUACUUCGACACCUGCCUUUACGACCUGUGUGAGCUGGGGCUGGAUCGCGAGGCCCUGUGCAACAGUUUGCAGUCCUACGCGGACGCCUGCCAGUCGCUUGGUGUGAAGAUCCCCGCGUGGAGGAACGCAACAUUCUGCCCCAUCAAGUGUCCUGCCAACAGCCACUAUGAGCCAUGCGCUGCAGCCUGCCCUGCUACCUGUGUUGACCCAACAGCACCCUACACCUGUGGCCAGCCGUGCGUGGAGGGAUGUGUGUGCGACAGCGGGUACCUGCUCUACAAUGACCGAUGCGUGCCCAGCCAGCAGUGCGGGUGCUGGCACAACGGGCAGCACUACCCCGUGGGCUCAGAGUUCUGGACGGACAACACCUGCUCCUCGAAGUGCAUGUGUCCAGGGCGGGGGAGCAAAGUCCAGUGCUCCAGUGCCUCCUGCCCGGCAGGCCAGUACUGUGGGGUGCAGAACGGGAAACCCGGCUGCUUCCUGUCCUCUUACGGCAUCUGCUACGUGCAUGGGGACCCUCACUACAACAGCUUUGACAACGUGUGGCACGACUUCAUGGGGAACUGCAGCUACACCCUGGCCAAAGUGUGCUCCAAUGCCACCUCCCUGCCCUACUUCAAUAUUGAGGCCAAGAACGAGCAUCGUGGGAACCCCAGCGUGUCCUACGUGCGCGAAGUCCUGGUUGAGGUGUACGGAGAACGCAUUGCAAUUGUCAAGAACGAGCAGAGCCAAGUGCUGGUCAACGGGGUGCGCCAGACCCUGCCGGUGAGAGCAGCGGGAGGCGCCGUCACAGUGAGCAGGAGCGGCCGCUACAUCAGCCUGGAGACAGACUUCAACCUGAAAGUGUCCUAUGACACCGACCACUCGGUGGAGGUGAAGGUGCCCACGACCUACUUCAACCUGACCUGUGGCAUGUGCGGGAACUUCAACAGCCGGGGAGAGGACGAUUACAUGAUGCCCAACGGGCAGCAAGCCGCAGACUCCAACGCGCUGGGAGAGAGCUGGCAGGUCCCAGACGACGACCCCUCUUGCGGUGUCCCCGUGCCCCCCGCACCCUGCAGUGCAGAAGAGGAGAAGCUCUACCACUCGGACGGGUUCUGCGGCAUGCUGACCUCCAGGCCCGGCUCUUUUGAGAACUGCCAUGCUGUGAUCAACCCCCAGAGCUACCUGGAGAGCUGCUUCUAUGACCUUUGUGCCCUGAACGGUAGUCAGGAGGUCCUGUGCAGUGCUCUGGAAGCCUAUGCUGACGCGUGCCAGGCAGCGGGUGUGACUCUUCUUCCCUGGAGGAAUGCCACCUUCUGCCCCCUGCUGUGCCCUGCCAACAGCUACUAUGACCCUUGCAUGACCGGCUGUCCUGCCACCUGCCUCGACCAACAAGCCCCACAGAACUGCUCCAAGCCCUGCGUGGAGGGCUGUGCGUGCACCUCUGGCUUCUUGGUCAGCGGAGACACCUGUGUGCCCGAGGCCCACUGUGGCUGCCUCUUUGAGGGCAACUACUACCGCGAAGGCGAGCACUUUGUGAGCGAGAACUGCGCUCGCCAGUGCCGGUGUGAAGCCAACGGCCAGAUGGUUUGCUCCGCGUUGUCCUGUGGUGAGGAUGAGGUCUGCAAGAUCCAGAAUGGCCACAGGGGCUGUUACCCGGCCAGCACUGCUCUCUGCCACAUCUACGGAGACCCGCAUUACAGCACUUUCGAUGGGAAGCUCCACCACUUCCAGGGCUCUUGCAACUACACAGUGGUGACGGGCUGCGGCAACUCCUCCGUUGGGUUCACGGUCACCACCCGCAAUGAGCAUCGGGGCAGCCAGAGCUGGACAGCUCUUAACUCUGUGGCGCUGUCUGUGGAAGGCCUCCACAUCGUACUGCAGAAGAACAAGGCAGUCUACAUCAAUGGUGUUCUGGCCUCCCUGCCUGCCUCUCCUAUCCCCAGCGUGACCGUUUCCCUGAGUGGCUCCUACGUGCAAGUUUCUACCAGGCUGGGCCUGCAGCUGCAGUUCAACGGGGACCACGAGCUCCUGGUGAGGGUGUCUGAGAAGCACAAGGGCAAGCUGUGUGGACUGUGUGGGACGUACACCGGGAGCCAGCAGGACGACUUCAUGAGACCCGACGGGGUGAUAGUGCCUGAUUUCAAUGACUUUGGAGCCAGCUGGAUGGUGCCGGACAAUGAUUGGCCGUGUGACCCAGCCAUCUUCCCGCCUGUGUCCUGCUCCCCCUCCCAGGAGGAGGCAGCUAACAAGCAGUGUGGAAUCCUCGCAGAGCUUGGCGGCCCGUUCCAGCCAUGCCAUGCGGUUCUGCCACCCAAAUCGUACUUUGAGAGCUGUGUCUAUGACCAGUGUGCCACUGGUGGCAGCACAGAGCAGCUGUGCAAUGACCUGGAGGCCUACGCUACCGCCUGCACCCAGGCAGGAGUCACUCUGGGAGACUGGAGCGCUGGCACUGUCUGUGCCUGCAAUUUCUCCUGCACUUUUGACGUUGACUUCUGUGAGUGGGAACAGGCGAACUACAGCAGCAUUGACUGGAUAAGGCACAAGGGGCCAACACCCUCGCCAGAUACCGGCCCUUCCUAUGACCACACAACAGGAGACGGCUACUACAUCUACCUGCAAGGCAGCAAUGCCCUCCCCGGUUCUGUGGCUCAUCUGGUCAGUCCGGUGUGCAGUUCAGAAGGACCGCACUGCUUCCGCUUCUGGUAUCACAUGUAUGGAGUGGCUGAAACAAUGGCCUUGCGGGUGUACGUGGUUAAGAACGAAGAGCUAGUGAUGAUCUGGAGCAGUGUUGGGAACCAUGGGGACAGAUGGAACUUGGGAGAGGUCACGGUGCACAGCACGGGAAACAUGCAGAUUGUCCUGGAAGGAGAAUGGGGUGAAGAUUUCCGGAGCGAUGUAGCAUUGGAUGAUCUGUCCAUCGAGAAGGGAUACUGCCCAGGCAAUGUGACUACGCCAUCACCAAGCCCCAGCACCGCCCCAUCUUCGACAGGGAAUCCGACACCAACGCCCCUGCCAGGCUCAGGGACCUGUGUGGUGGAAGGAGACCCUCACUACCACACGUUCGACAAGCAAAUACACCACUUCAUGGGCACCUGCACCUACACCCUCUCCAAGCUGUGCGAGAGCAACAGCUCACUGCCCUACUUCAACGUGGAAGCAGCCAACGAGCACAGGGGAAGCAACACUCGCGUGUCCUACGUCCAGUACGUGGACGUUGAUGUGUCUGGCCAGCGGAUACGGCUGGGGAAGGGCGGAGUGGUGACGGUCAACGGAGUGGAAGAGGUCGUGCCCUGCACCCCAUCAGCAGGCGUGCGGGUCUCGUCCAGCGGGUUCUACACCGUGGUCUCAACAGACUUUGGCUUGAGAGUGAAGUUUGAUGGGGAGCAUCGGGUGGAGGUGACGCUUCCGAGCACCUUUGGGCAGAAGGUCUGUGGCAUGUGUGGGAACUACAACGGGGUGGCAGCAGAUGACUUCCUGAACCCGGAGGGAGUGCUGGAGCCAGACUCCACCAGCCUGGGCAACAGCUGGCAGGUGUCCAACGAUAGCAGCUGCUCACCCGGACCAAUCCCCAGCCCGGCCUGCAACGAUACGGACAAGCAAGUCAUUGCCAGCAGCCGCUUCUGCGGACUCCUCACUGACACCAGUGGCCUGUUUGAGUUGUGCCAUGCUGUCCUGAGCCCCAGCGGUUACUUCGACACCUGCCUUUACGACCUGUGUGAGCUGGGGCUGGAUCGCGAGGCCCUGUGCAACAGUUUGCAGUCCUACGUGGACGCCUGCCAGUCGCUUGGUGUGAAGAUCCCCGCGUGGAGGAACGCAACAUUCUGCCCCAUCAAGUGUUCUGCCAACAGCCACUACGAGCCAUGUGCUGCAGCCUGUCCUGCUACGUGUUUUGACCCUAUGGCUCCUGUUAGUUGCAGCCUGCCAUGCGUGGAGGGAUGUGUGUGCGACAGCGGGUACCUGCUCUACAAUGACCGAUGCGUGCCCAGCCAGCAGUGCGGGUGCUGGCACAACGGGCAGCACUACCCCGUGGGCUCAGAGUUCUGGACGGACAACACCUGCUCCUCGAAGUGCAUGUGUCCAGGGCGGGGGAGCAAAGUCCAGUGCUCCAGUGCCUCCUGCCCGGCAGGCCAGUACUGUGGGGUGCAGAACGGGAAACCCGGCUGCUUCCUGUCCUCUUACGGCAUCUGCUACGUGCAUGGGGACCCUCACUACAACAGCUUUGACAACGUGUGGCACGACUUCAUGGGGAACUGCAGCUACACCCUGGCCAAAGUGUGCUCCAAUGCCACCUCCCUGCCCUACUUCAAUAUUGAGGCCAAGAACGAGCAUCGUGGGAACCCCAGCGUGUCCUACGUGCGCGAAGUCCUGGUUGAGGUGUACGGAGAACGCAUUGCAAUUGUCAAGAACGAGCAGAGCCAAGUGCUGGUCAACGGGGUGCGCCAGACCCUGCCGGUGAGAGCAGCGGGAGGCGCCGUCACAGUGAGCAGGAGCGGCCGCUACAUCAGCCUGGAGACAGACUUCAACCUGAAAGUGUCCUAUGACACCGACCACUCGGUGGAGGUGAAGGUGCCCACGACCUACUUCAACCUGACCUGUGGCAUGUGCGGGAACUUCAACAGCCGGGGAGAGGACGAUUACAUGAUGCCCAACGGGCAGCAAGCCGCAGACUCCAACGCGCUGGGAGAGAGCUGGCAGGUCCCAGACGACGACCCCUCUUGCGGUGUCCCCGUGCCCCCCGCACCCUGCAGUGCAGAAGAGGAGAAGCUCUACCACUCGGACGGGUUCUGCGGCAUGCUGACCUCCAGGCCCGGCUCUUUUGAGAACUGCCAUGCUGUGAUCAACCCCCAGAGCUACCUGGAGAGCUGCUUCUAUGACCUUUGUGCCCUGAACGGUAGUCAGGAGGUCCUGUGCAGUGCUCUGGAAGCCUAUGCUGACGCGUGCCAGGCAGCGGGUGUGACUCUUCUUCCCUGGAGGAAUGCCACCUUCUGCCCCCUGCUGUGCCCUGCCAACAGCUACUAUGACCCUUGCAUGACCGGCUGUCCUGCCACCUGCCUCGACCAACAAGCCCCACAGAACUGCUCCAAGCCCUGCGUGGAGGGCUGUGCGUGCACCUCUGGCUUCUUGGUCAGCGGAGACACCUGUGUGCCCGAGGCCCACUGUGGCUGCCUCUUUGAGGGCAACUACUACCGCGAAGGCGAGCACUUUGUGAGCGAGAACUGCGCUCGCCAGUGCCGGUGUGAAGCCAACGGCCAGAUGGUUUGCUCCGCGUUGUCCUGUGGUGAGGAUGAGGUCUGCAAGAUCCAGAAUGGCCACAGGGGCUGUUACCCGGCCAGCACUGCUCUCUGCCACAUCUACGGAGACCCGCAUUACAGCACUUUCGAUGGGAAGCUCCACCACUUCCAGGGCUCUUGCAACUACACAGUGGUGACGGGCUGCGGCAACUCCUCCGUUGGGUUCACGGUCACCACCCGCAAUGAGCAUCGGGGCAGCCAGAGCUGGACAGCUCUUAACUCUGUGGCGCUGUCUGUGGAAGGCCUCCACAUCGUACUGCAGAAGAACAAGGCAGUCUACAUCAAUGGUGUUCUGGCCUCCCUGCCUGCCUCUCCUAUCCCCAGCGUGACCGUUUCCCUGAGUGGCUCCUACGUGCAAGUUUCUACCAGGCUGGGCCUGCAGCUGCAGUUCAACGGGGACCACGAGCUCCUGGUGAGGGUGUCUGAGAAGCACAAGGGCAAGCUGUGUGGACUGUGUGGGACGUACACCGGGAGCCAGCAGGACGACUUCAUGAGACCCGACGGGGUGAUAGUGCCUGAUUUCAAUGACUUUGGAGCCAGCUGGAUGGUGCCGGACAAUGAUUGGCCGUGUGACCCAGCCAUCUUCCCGCCUGUGUCCUGCUCCCCCUCCCAGGAGGAGGCAGCUAACAAGCAGUGUGGAAUCCUCGCAGAGCUUGGCGGCCCGUUCCAGCCAUGCCAUGCGGUUCUGCCGCCCAAAUCGUACUUUGAGAGCUGUGUCUAUGACCAGUGUGCCACUGGUGGCAGCACAGAGCAGCUGUGCAAUGACCUGGAGGCCUACGCUACCGCCUGCACCCAGGCAGGAGUCACUCUGGGAGACUGGAGCGCUGGCACUGUCUGUGCCUGCAAUUUCUCCUGCACUUUUGAUGUUGACUUCUGUGAGUGGGAACAGGCGAACUACAGCAGCAUUGAGUGGAUAAGGCACAAGGGGCCAACACCCUCGCCAGAUACCGGCCCUUCCUAUGACCACACAACAGGAGACGGCUACUACAUCUACCUGCAAGGCAGCAAUGCCCUCCCCGGUUCUGUGGCUCAUCUGGUCAGUCCGGUGUGCAGUUCAGAAGGACCGCACUGCUUCCGCUUCUGGUAUCACAUGUAUGGAGUGGCUGAAACAAUGGCCUUGCGGGUGUACGUGGUUAAGAACGAAGAGCUAGUGAUGAUCUGGAGCAGUGUUGGGAACCAUGGGGACAGAUGGAACUUGGGAGAGGUCACGGUGCACAGCACGGGAAACAUGCAGGUAGGGAGGUUCAUCAGCAACAACACCCACAAAUCCCUUGCCGGACCGCACAGCACAGCCUUCAAAGACGCCAUCACCACCAACAGCUGGAACAAGUUCAGGUCCCUCAGCGCCAGAACCCACGAGCAGCUUGCCAGACAGCACAACACAGCCUCCACAUACAGUGUCCCCAACAGCCGGGCCGAGCUCAGGUCCCUCAGCGCCAGAACCCACGAGCAGCUUGCCAGACAGCACAACACAGCCUCCACAUACAGUGUCCCCAACAGCCGGGCCGAGCUCAGGUCCCUCAGCGCCAGAACCCACGAGCAGCUUGCCAGACAGCACAACACAGCCUCCACAUACAGUGUCCCCAACAGCCGGGCCGAGCUCAGGUCCCUCAGCGCCAGAACCCACGAGCAGCUUGCCAGACAGCACAACACAGCCUCCACAUACAGUGUCCCCAACAGCCGGGCCGAGCUCAGGUCCCUCAGCGCCAGAACCCACGAGCAGCUUGCCAGACAGCACAACACAGCCUCCACAUACAGUGUCCCCAACAGCCGGGCCGAGCUCAGGUCCCUCAGCGCCAGAACCCACGAGCAGCUUGCCAGACAGCACAACACAGCCUCCACAUACAGUGUCCCCAACAGCCGGGCCGAGCUCAGGUCCCUCAGCGCCAGAACCCACGAGCAGCUUGCCAGACAGCACAACACAGCCUCCACAUACAGUGUCCCCAACAGCCGGGCCGAGCUCAGGUCCCUCAGCGCCAGAACCCACGAGCAGCUUGCCAGACAGCACAACACAGCCUCCACAUACAGUGUCCCCAACAGCCGGGCCGAGCUCAGGUCCCUCAGCACCAGAACCCACGAGCAGCUUGCCAGACAGCACAACACAGCCUCCACAUACAGUGUCCCCAACAGCCGGGCCGAGCUCAGGCCGUGCUUCCUGCAGUGCCUCUGGGGAUCCACAUUAUAACACUUUUGACCACAGAGUUCAUAAUUUUAUGGGAAAUUGCUCUUACACCCUCUCGAAAUUGUGCAACGUCUCUCAGGGGCUUCCAUACUUUCACGUGUCCACAACAAAUGAACACAGAGGUGCCAACA